UCCCCGCACUGCACCCAGCAACUCUCCCAUUACACACAUUUCUUACUUAUCCACCAUCCCGACACAUUCUUUCUCUCUCUUUACGAGACCCUUCCGAUAACCAAAACAUGCCCGCCAAUACGAAUGUUUGGGUGCAGGCGAAAACCGUUCGUGGUGUCCGGAAAGUGACCGUGCAGGAUUGGAUAACAUGGUCCAAGGCAUUGCGCCCGGAUAUCCUCUGGGCCUUUGUUGAUGUACCAAAGACAUUGCUGAACGGCGGUGCCAAAGCCGCAGAGGAAACGGUUGUGGUGAAGGGAGAAGGGCGACAGACAAGUCAGAAGCGAACAACAAAAAGCCUGGAACGAAGCACAUUAUGGCUACAAGCCCUGAUGGGGGAGUUAAAGGAGGAAGAAGGGAGAACUGAAAAUAAGCAAGGCGCGGGUGAGGAAGCUACAGUAAAGAGGCCACCCAUCAUCGUAUCCCUUUUGGGAGGGUGUGACCCAAGAGCUCGAAACGAAUAUUCCCUCGCUCUUGUUGAGAAGCUCGAUCGCGGGGAUUCGUCGAAGGCUGGAGGGCUAAGAAAACUAGACGACGGCAUAAUGGGUUAUGCUGUAGAUCUAGUCGACUUGCCCACCAACUGCUACUCUAGUCCACCCGCAGAGUCAGCUGGUCCGGCUAACCCAUCGGAACCUGAGGACGAAAUCGACCAGAAUGCCCUGACGGAACUUUUAAAAACCUCACUAAAGCCCCUGACCGCCACCAAACCUCGCAUAGCACACUCAGCACCAUCACCACACGCCAUCUUGCGCAUUAUCCUCGAAUCCGGAUUCGACUUGUUUGAUGUCCCCUGGGUUGCGGAAGCAGCGGAUCUGGGUAUCGCAUUAGACUUCGACUUCCCCGUCUCCAGAGCAGCCACUGUUCAAGACACGAAAUCACAAGCGAUCGGUCUAAACCUAUUCGAGGAACGGUUUGCAGAUGACUUCACCACGCUCGGGACUGGACUAUCGUCAUGGGUCAACGAACCUACUUUCGAUCCCAAUCCAGUACUGCAUAGUACCGUUGAUCAAACCCAAUGGGCAGGACAAGCUGACAAGACGAAUGAGGCACCUGGAUUUAAGAAAUCAUAUAUACACCACUUGUUACAUACACACGAGAUGAGUGCCUACGCGUUAUUGCACAUGCACAAUCUUGCUGUG